UGGGCACUGCACACAGUGAGAGAGCAAGAGAGCUAAGCACUGGGGAGCUGGGCAGCCAACGCUCGGAGCUGCUGAUGCCGCUGUUGCCUUCAGUGGCUGCAACACCUGAAAUAGACGCAAAAGGACACUUCUCCACCCUGUAUCACCUUUCGCAGCUGCUGCAUUCCUGACCGUUCAUCCCAUUCUAGCAGCCAGAUUUGGGGGGUGGGGUGAGGGACGCUAGAAGGAAAGUGUAACUCUUACGGGAUUGGCUUAUUAUUUUUAUGAUUAUUUAAGUGGAGUUUUAUUUUAUUUUAUUUUGUGCGUUUUCCCCUUACAUCUCCCCGAAAGCGGUGUUGCAUUGUCUCCUAACCCCAGAGGGGGCCAGAGUUGCUGGGGGCCAGAUCUGGUAGCGGCUCCCCUGGGCAUGGCUUCAGCUGGCAGCGGGAUGGAGGAGGUGCGUGUGUCGGUGCUGACCCCGCUGAAGCUAGUGGGGCUGGUAUGCAUCUUUCUGGCGCUGUGUCUGGAUCUGGGAGCGGUAUUGAGCCCGGCGUGGGUCACGGCGGAUCAUCAGUAUUACCUGUCCCUGUGGGAGUGCUGCCGGAAACCCGCCAACGUAGACAGCUGGCACUGCGAGUCCACUCUGAGCAGCGACUGGCAGAUUGCUACACUGGCCUUACUCUUGGGUGGUGCUGCCAUCAUUCUCAUUGCCUUCCUGGUUGGUUUGAUAUCUAUCUGUGUGGGAUCUCGGAGACGCUUCUAUAGACCAGUUGCAGUUAUGCUUUUUGCAGCAGUUGUUCUACAGGUGUGCAGCCUUGUCCUCUACCCAAUCAAGUUCAUUGAAACCGUGAGCCUGAAAAUUUACCAUGAGUUCAACUGGGGUUACGGUCUGGCUUGGGGUGCAACUAUAUUUUCAUUUGGGGGUGCCAUCCUUUAUUGCCUGAACCCAAAGAAUUAUGAAGACUACUACUAGAAACAACAGUCUCCAAAGAAAAUAUAAACAAAGGAUUAUUACAUCUUUUCUAACAUGGUUUUCUAGAAUACUUGCGGAGAAUCAAAGCAGUUUCAUCUGUUGACUUACUAUACUCUGCCCUUUGGCUGCUGACAUUAUAAACAGCUUUUACAUAUGUUUUGGGGACCUGCAGAAAUUAAGAGAGUUGAUUAAACCUAAGCAAAUGCUGCAAGCUUCCAGUAUGUUAACAUCAUUUUACUUGACAAGUGAAGGAUCUAUAUGACAGACCAUUGUCCGAAAACUAGUGGGAAAGAAAAAUGCCUGCAUCUCCUCUUGCCUGCAGGGGAGCAGCUGGCAUAGGCUCCAUUUCAAAGUUUCUUAACAAGGACAAGGAUUCAGCUGUUAAAAGUCUUUUGCAAGCUUAUCCUAACAGUCACUGCAUUAGUCCUUAGUCACUUGCUUAAUAAUUUCUUGAAGAAUGAGCUUCCCUUUAGUAUCUAAUGGGAGUAGUGAAUGUGACUGGUUAAUGACUCAAAUUCCACAUUCAAGAAUCUUCUUGGUGAUGGGAAUUUCUGCAUUGGCAAUAAACAUCUCCCUGCUAGAUGUGGCAGAGAAGGAAACUCAAGACUUGGAGACAUUUGUUUUUAAUUAUGUGGUGAGGAGUUGUGCCUCUGCCAUAACUAGCAUAAGAGCAAAAUGGAAGGCCUCUCCUUUUCCCCCAGGCAAGCAGAAAUUAAAACAAAAAAUGCAUGAGUUGCAUUUGCCCUAAAGAAUCUCUCAAUCAUUUUACAAACAUUGCAGUAAAGAUAUGUGAACAUGUAACAAGUCUAAUUAUUUUUAUAGAAGACGAUCAUUUAGUACAAAUUGCAAUGCUAUAUAUCUCAACUUCCUUGCACACAGACAUCUAUCACAUAUAAAACCCAAUAUUCCCUGUAUCAAAGUGGUUUGAGCACUGACCUUGUGCACCUUGUUAAGCAUCUUAGACUGGUACCCCACCCCCUUUAGCUGACAUGCCAAAAUACAUAUAGUUAAGUCAUUUGCUGUAUGCUCCCUUCAAGAUAUCAUCAACAGGGGAAUUUUCAUUGAGAGGUAUAAACAGAAUGUUAAACUGAAAUGGGGUAAAUUCUAAAUUGAAGUCCUAAAGUAGUUGAAACAAAAGUAGGUAUUAGGAUUACAAUUUUCUCUUUAAAGCCCUUAAAAAUAUAAGCUGCUGUUUUAAUUUCAGGAACCUCAAAUAUCUAGGUGCUUUUGUUUCUUGAAAAGCAGAGAGAAAUAUAUAUAUAUGUAUAUAUAUAUAUAUGUGUGUGUGUGUGUAUGUAUGUAUGCAUAUACACAUAUGUGUGUAUGUAUAUGUGUGUAUAUGUAUAUAAAUAUACACACACAUACACAUAUAUAUGGAUAUAUGCUAAGAGUAGAGGACUAGGGUUCAUCUGAUAAUUACAUUGUCUUCUGAAUGUAAACAAUUGGCUGACAAUUUCAUGCCUUCAGCUAUUUGAACACAUAUUUAAAGUGCCCCAUUUCAAUCCUUCAUAGACUGUUUAAAUUAAGGGAAGUGCCAACAGAAGAAAGUGUAGAUUUGCAACCAAGUUUGUGUUGCAAACUGCUAUGUUUAUUUCUGUUUAAUGCUUUCUAAUUUGGGUACUUAAAUUAAUUAUAAACAUAUUUUUAUAUCAUAUAUACAGUUCUAAUAUAAAAGUUAAAAUACUUAUUUUUGUUAACAAAGACAUGGAAAUGAUAUAUCCUAGUUGGCCCUCUUGCCAGAAGAGAAUGAAAAUCCUUUAAAAUGCUCCAGUGUGCUGUUGUGUUCCUGGUUCCACAGAGGGACCACAGAAUCCAUUAACAGCAUGACUACAUCUCUAGUAUUAAAUGCAUUGGUCACAGCUCACAAAACAGGGCCCCUGCUUCCAGUUUGUCAUUGUUUAAGCACUGUUGCCAAAACAACAAAAACCCAACCCACCACAACUCUCUGCUUUCCUGUUUAAAUACCGAAUUUCUGUUUGUUGAACUUUCCAGUAUGCAUCUUGUAGAAAUAUAAAUGAAAUAAGAAAUGAGAAGUGGAAGGUUCAGUUUUCAUUUCAGCUAAAUCAACCAAACUGGUUAAAAGUGCCUAAGGAUGAUAUUCUUUGGAAAAUGUGUGGUUCUGUGAAGGAUUUUAAGAGAUGGGAGGAAAAUUUAGUUUGAUUUCCAUGAAAGGCACUCAAAAAUCUUUUGAACUGGUUUUCUCAGAAAUACUACUAUGUUGGGCAUAGACAGCUUUACAGCUAAUUAGAUAUCAUCAUUGAGCAGCAUGAAGAACACAAACUUUGUAGAAAUAUUUAGACUACUUAAAACAACAACAACCCCCUCCCACCUCUAUUGUGAGAGGAUGCCUUUUUUAUUCUCAAAUAAUGGAAGAACGGUCCUGUGGUGCUGGCAUCAAUCAGUAAGGCAAUUAGUCAUCCAAGAGGAUACAGUGUGCUGUUAGACCAAUAUCACUUCUGCACAUCUUACCAAGCGUUCACUCUCUGUCAAUAUGGCAAGAAAGAAAUGACAGAGAAUAUGUGUUGUGGGCUAAGGCAUGCAUAGUUUUGGAUUACUGGUAAAGAAUUUUCUAAUAUGAUUUAUUUUAUCUUUCCAGUGAAGAGCCCCAUGCUCUAUUUCUGCCACUACAAACAUUUGGAAAUGUUUUAGUUCUGAUCUACAAGGUCAAUUCAAAAAAGAAAACCUUAAGUUUUCUAUUCACCCAAUAUGAUAUGCUUAACAUUUCAGAAUAAAUACAACAAAAUACUUCUAUAUUAUUCAUAUCAUGUCUGCUCUACUUCAGUCUUAUUUUGUUUUCUCUUACAAGAAUAAUUAUUUCCCUUGCACAAAUCCAUUGUUUAUCUUCCAGUUACACGGGCUUGCACACAUGCACACAUGCACAUGUGCACACUCAUAAACACACACACACACACACACACACACACACACACCCAUAUCAAGCAGGGCUAGUUAUUUGUAUUUCUUAAGCUUAACCUAUUCCGUCCGGUGCUGACCUGUACAAAGCACCUCUCUUGGGAUUUCUUGCACAAUUAUGUUUUAGCUUUUGUAAGUUCAACAUGUAAAUUUUAAAGACAUAAAUAUAGAGAGACUUAUGUAUUUGAAAUAUAAAUGAUAUAUAUGGAUUAGCAUGUAACUGUAUAUUAUUAAACAUGCAAUGAAAUGACUGGUAAGUGAAGUCUAAUCUUAUGACUAGCGAUGUAAUUUAUUCAGACCGUAUUUUUGUACAGAACUGUGCACACUAACCUAUUGCCUCUGUGUCCUCUUUAAAGCCUAAAACUGUGCCUAGAGAUUUCAUCUGUCUUUAAAAAAAUUAAAUCUAUUUCAUGCUGUUAAUGGUAUUAGUUUCUCUACUGUUCUAUAUUUA